UUUUUUUUUGUAUACUUCUUUUUUCCUUUUUGUAUUUUAUUGUAUUAUUAGAAAUGGGUCAAAUAACUAGCAGUUAUGAAGAAACAUCUGUAUUUGCAUAUUUGACAAAUCCACUUGUGGAUAAAAGCGACACUAUGAAGAAAGAUUGUAUCGUUCUACACCCAGAGUUUUAUGGAUUAAAGCCAAGUGCAUCUAUACACUCUAUCAAGAGAAUAGAAGGCGAAAGGCCAGAUUCUGGAUUUGUAUCCACAUCUCUUGAUGGAAACUUGCAAUUAUUAAAAGAUUUGGCCUAUAUUGACCAGACUUAUUACGACUCCAACUCAACAUCUUCAGUAAAAGAAUACACCAUAACAAACAUACCAAAAGAAGACAAUGGCGCCUAUAUCUCGUUUGCCGAUGCAAAGCUCACCUCACCAGAUAAAAUGCUUCGAGAAGUAUAUCUGUCGAGUAGAAGCAUCUACAGUUUAAGUUCCAAUAUAGGCAUGCUAUCGAUGAUUAAAAAGCUAGAUUUGUCUAACAAUCACUUGACUGAAUUACCUGAAUCCAUUGGAUACAUGCAGAAUCUAGAGCAUUUGACUGUAUCUAAAAAUCGAAUCACACAUUUACCUCAUACCAUUGGAUACCUGUCAAAUUUAUUUGAACUCGAUGUUUCUUACAAUCAAAUACAAGAAUUAACGCCGUUUAUCAUUUACCUUGAGAAAUUAAAGUCACUAUCACUCGCACACAACUUGCUCGAUUCACUACCGACAGAAAUAAGUGGUCUAAAGAACCUUAUUGCACUUGAUUUAUCUCGGAAUCCACUCCGAAUUUUGCCAGCUGAAGUUUCCCAGUUACCAUUUUUACGCCGCAUGAAACUUGAAGACUGUCCACUCGACACCGAGCUAGUGUACCCACUCCAACACAACCCAGUCAGCCUUUUUGAAACUUGUGCUCGUACAAUUGUACGAAAGCAAGUCAAGAUCGAUCCUACUUUACCUGGUCAUGUAGUCCAAUAUAUUCAAUCAGCAAAAUUUUGUACGUCAUGCAGAGGACCUUAUUUUGAUUCCUAUGUUCUACGUGGACGAUGGAUAGAAAAAGCAGAUGUGCAAAUCCCAUUACAAUAUACACUUUGCUCUGCUCAUUGGUCAGAUGCGGAAGAUCGUCUUCUUAGCAUAUUUAGCAUGCAGCCAGAAACAGCAUGUCAAAACACACAAUUACUUUGCAGACCCAGAUUACCAUCCAAGCCAACAACAACAACAACAGCAGAAAGACUAGGCUCCAUUACACGGCAAACUCGUCACUCUGCUCUUUCUCCUCCUUCCACUAUUGAUAGCAGUGUCAUGGCUGAUACUUUGGAAGAUAUGAUUGGAGAUCAAUCUACUUCCAAACAACCUAUUCGCCACCGUUUCGGUAAAUCAAAUCUGGUUGAUUGGGCAUCCAAACUUAGAAGACAUUAACUUAAAAUGUCAUGUAUUAUCAUUUCUAUAAAAAAACUUGUAUUGUUGUAUACCCCUUUUUUCUUCUGAAAUAGACAUAACCACUGAAUCGGGGUUUACAGCUCCUUUUUGCAUGAUUUUAAACUAGCGUUGUGAUGAGACAUGGUCAGCUCUAUAUUUAGUCAAAACCCGAUGUGAAAUUCUUCAAGUCCCUUCAUUAGCUUGACGUAAAGAACAAAAGCAUCCGAUUAAAGAUAUCGUAAUUAGUUUGCUGAGUUUACUGAUUGCAAUCAUGAAAAUUAAUUGUUAGAAGGUGGGGUGAGAAUUAUAGUAAAGAAAUAAUCAAGACAAGACAGAUUCCCGAGAUUUUCCGACUUUAUUGAUCUAUACGUACAUAAACAAAUAACUACGAAAAAAAACAAAACAAAAAAUGAGAUGAUAAUAUGCCGCAGGCAAAGAAUGUGUAUUUCAUUAUCAUCCUUCAUGAUAU